UACACAAAAGCAAUCGUAAACAAUCGUAAACAAUCGUAAACAAACGUAAACAAACACCGGCGGCUCAGCUUAGAUAGAAACCAUUGAUAGUGUUAUAGAGCUCAUAUCGACUUGUUUUCCCGCUAAAGUGCUAUGCUUGAAUCUCUAGUGGCCAGUAUCCUCAACAGGUUUUUGGGGAGUUACGUGGAGAACUUCGAUCCGAAGCAGUUGAACAUCGGCAUAUGGAGCGGUGAUGUCAAGCUCAGAGACCUGCGGUUGAAGAAAGAGACGCUGGACAAGUUUGAACUGCCCUUGGAUGUGCACUUCGGCCACCUUGGUGAGCUGACACUGCAGAUCCCCUGGGCCAAUCUGAAGGCAAAGCCGGUCAAGGUGUUCAUAGAGAACGUGUAUCUGCUGGCGUCGCCCAUCGCACAGGAUACGUAUGACGCCGAAGCAGAGCUGAAGCGAGAAUUGGCCCUCAAGUUUGAGCGGUUGGCGGAUCUGGAGAUUAGACAGAGGGCCAACCCGACCAAUGCCAUCUCGGAAGAGGACGCGGCGAAGAACGAGUCCUUCACUGAGAGCUUGGUGACAAAGAUAGUUGAUAACCUGCAGAUUGAGAUUAAGAACAUCCACUUGAGAUAUGAAGACAUGAAUAACGUCUUUACUGACCAUCCAUAUGCCCUGGGUGUGACUUUGGGGGAGUUGUCUGCAAUUUCAAGUGAUGACAGUUGGAUGCCAACUUUCAUCUCUGUUUCGAGUAAUUUGACAAACAAGCUGCUCACUUUGAAGUCACUGUGUGCCUAUUGGAAUACCGAUAGUGAAUCCAUAUUCUCAGAGGAUCAGGAUGAACUGUUGUCGAGGUUUAAGCAAUCCUUGCUGUUGGAAGAUGAGGAUCGCCUUGAUGAUACCCAGUAUAUCUUGAGGCCUGUUAGUGGAACAGGACAUCUCACUGUCAACAAGCUCGGGUCCACAGAAACUCAGCCACACAUAAAGGCUGAGGUCUUCUUUGAAGAGUUUUGUGUCGAUUUGGAUUCACAUCAAUACAGAGAUGCACUAUUCUCCGCUUCAAAGUUCCACUGGUAUAAGAAGACACACAAGUUCAAACGGUUUAGACCAAAUGUUCCAGUCGAAGGACAUGGUGAAGAAUGGUUCCUUUAUGCAGCACGCGCUGUCUUGAGUGAAAUUCAUGAAAGAAAUUACAGAUGGAGUUGGGAUUUCCUCAAAGAAAGACGUGACAACAGAAAGGCCUAUAUCAAGCUUUGGAAAAAGAAAUUACUCUUACCAGACAUCUCUCAGGGAUUUCCUGAUGCAUCGAGCAAUGAAGAGUUGAGAUCGUUAGAAGAAAAAUUACCUUACGAUGAUAUCAAGUUCUUCAGAUCUUUGGCCAGGCUUGAACUUAGAAAAGAGAAGCUGGAAGAGGCAGAGGUAUCUGGUGAGAAAACUCUGUCUGAGAAAAUCCAACAACAAGAACCUACUGGUGGCUGGUUAUCGAGCUGGUGGGGUGGCUCCAACAACAAAAACUCUUCGGACAAGGACUUAGUCAUGAGCGAUGAGCAACGUGAUGAACUUUAUCAAGCAAUCGAAUUUGAUGAAACCCGGGCAUUGGCCGAAGCUGUGAAUAUACCAAGGGAUCGAAUCAAAUUUGAAUUGAAUGCACAGUUGAAAAAAGGUGGAUUCUCGAUAAAGAACAGAUCCACCAGAAAGGACCUCGCAAAUAUCGUAUGGGAAGGGUGCGCCGCACAGCACUACCAGAGACCAGAUUCGUUCUUAUCCAAUUUCACUUUACAGGAGUUCAAAAUUGAAGAUGGAACAGAAACUACUCUCUACAAGAACUUGGUUAGUGUCAAACCUUUUAAUUCUGAUGUUGAUGCAGAAGUAGUUUCAGACCCAUUCUUCAGAGCUUCCUUUGAAAAUAACCCACUUGACCAGUCGGCAGACUCUUCUUUGAGCGUGAAAUUGAGAAGUAUGACCAUUUUCUACCAUGUUCAGCUCAUCAAUGAGAUCAUAAAGUUUUUCACUCCUCCAAAGGACCAUUUACACACCAUCAAUGCCAUCAUGGAACAGGCAGAAGCCACUGUUCAUGGACUCACUGCUCAGACAAGAAUGGGACUUGAGGCCAUAUGGGAAGAUCACAAAACCAUGAAUACUAAAUUGGAUCUGCAAGCACCUUUGAUCAUUCUCCCAUUGGACCCAAGUUCUUGGAGUUCACCUUGUGCUAUCAUUGAUGCAGGUCAUAUCAGUGUCCUCAGUGACUUGGCUGAUAAAGACAAAGCUAAAGAAAUUAAGGAUUUAAGCCCUGAGGAAUUUGCCAAGAUUGAUGUUGAAGAGUUGAAGACCCUUAUGUAUGAUAGGUUUGAUUUACACUUACAGGAUACUCAAAUCCUUGUCGGUCCAACUAUCAAGUCCACGAUCGAACAGCUUCACUCGAACAAAGACACGCCAUCAUUGAUCUUGGAUAAAUUAGAUAUGAAGCUGGUGUUGGAACUUUCAAUCAUGCCUAGUGCAUCUAACUUGGCUAAGAUUAGAACUACGGCAAGUUUGCCAAAUUUCACUGCCAAGAUGAAUGAUUACCAAUACAAGAUAAUGAUGCAGUUGAUUGAUAAAUGCAUUCCCGAUUUUGGUGGAGGUGAAGAUGUUGGUGGUAGUGAUUGUGGAAAUGAGUCAUUCGCUGUUCCUUUGAGUAUCGGUGUGCUGGACGACGCUGCCUCUAUUGAUACGGAAAUUCCAGAGGUGAGCUCUUCUUCAAUUCAAAGUGGUUCCAGGGCUCCAACGCUCAAUCUGCAUGAGAAUCAACACAUUUUCGAAUUUUUCUUCAAUGUGGAUAGAGUCCAGUUAUCCCUUUCAAAGUGUACAGAUGGUAAAACCAUGGAAUCUGAUCAGAUUGUUGAUAUCAUUGCAGAGAAGUUUGUUCUUGAGUUCUUGAAACUGACCAAAGAUAUGCAUGUUGAUUUGACCCUUGGUACGUUCAAUAUUGAGGAUUGGAUUGAAAACAGUGGGACUGAGGAGUUCAAGAAGAUAAUCUCUUCCACCAAUUUCACAUCUGAUGAGCUCGUUAAUGGUCACAGUGAUAUUUUUCACUUAAAGUACAAGAAGGUCCAACGUUUAGCUCAGUUUAAAGGUAAAGAAAUCGAGGUUUUUGACCAGGACGUGGACUUGCAUCUUUCAGCCUUGAAAGGUGUUUUGACGAGAAAGAGUUUUUUGACUAUUUUAAACUUCAUUUUGACCACCUUCACAAACCCUAAUCCACCUGAGACUCCAGCUGAUGCAUUGAGGCAUAACGAUACUUCGGUUGACGAAACAGCCCCAGAACAGAUCCGCUGUAAUGUUACUCUUGAAGGUAUUACCUUGGUUCUAAACGAUGAUGGCAUCAAACUGGCCACGGCUCAGUUGUCAACGGCUUUGUUUGACAUAUUGGUCUUACCAGAAUCGUUGAAGGUGUACAGUAAACUCAAUGCGUUGACUAUUCAUGAUGAAAUUAAUGAAGGAGCCUAUAGAGAUUCAUCGUUCAGAAAACUAUUGAGUUUUGAUGGUGAUGAACUGGCUGAGUUCACCUAUGAGACCAUUGAUCCGUUGUCUAAUAGUGACUAUUCCUCAAGCUUUAGUUUCAAAGCUGGUUCCAUGAGAGUUAACUUUGUCGAGGAGCCUUUAAACAAAAUAUUUGAUUUCUUGAGCAAAUUCAUGCAAAUGAAAGCUCUCUAUGAUACGGCAAGAGAUGCUGCAUUUAACAAUCCUGUCAUACAGAACCCAAGAAUGAAGUUUGAUGUUGAUAUCAAAACUCCGAUUAUUGUUUUCCCGAAACUGAUUGAUUUCAACAAGAACAUUUACGAUGAUUUGACAGUCUAUUUGGGUGAGUUCACAGCUUCCAAUGAAUUUAUCUCUCUACCUUCGGAUUUGAUGAACAACAUUAAACUGGGUCUCCACUCCACAAGGUUGACUUCGAGGUUUUUUGGGGGCGUUGACUUCCAAGAUCUCAAGGUUAUUGAGGACUUUGAUGUUAACCUUGAUAUUAGUAUGUUAGAAAAUCCUUCUGAUAAGGCUCAGAUUACUGUUCGUGGAUUUGUCUCAGAAAUCAAAUCUGAUUUGACUGAGCUUCAAAUGUCUUACCUUUAUACCUUGUCGCAAACGAUACCUAAGGUUUUUGUCUUUGAUGAAUCAAAAUCUUUAUCUGAAAUUGAGGAUGCUGCAUUAGAUGCGAAUAACGUUAUCGCACCAGGUACUGUCUAUCAUGCUGAAAAGGAAGAUGUUAUGACUCCAUCAUCAUCGUCGUCGCCGAAUCAUGCUAAACCAACUGAUACAAAGAUAGAUUUCAAGUUUGACAUGCCCAAGGUGUCUUUAACUCUUCACAACAACACCAGAGGCCUCAAAACCUUAUCAGCUAGUGCUCUAUCGAGCUUUUCGCUAGAAAACAUUGGUAUGGCGUAUUGCGAGAAGAAUGAUUCUCAUUUCGUGGCAGAUUUACACAUUGGUGCUCUUGUUGCAGAAGACAUUCGUCAAGUUGAACAUAAUAAGUUUACUGAAAUUAUUCCUAGAUUGGUAAAGAAUGAACAACAGGUCUCUGUCAAGGCUUCUACAAAUGGCCCUGCUGAUAAUAAGAAUACCGUUGUCAUGGUCAAUGUCAAGAGCCCAAGAGUAAUUUUGGCCUUAGAUUAUUUGUUUGCUUUGAAGCAAUUUGUUGAUGCUGGAUUGAAGCUACCGCCUGAACUUCGGUCGUCAUCAUAUAGCGAUGAGGAACGCGAUGCAGCAGAACUCUAUGAUUAUGACGGUGAUAACGACAAUGAUGACGUAAAUACAGUCGACUCAGUUAUUGCAAACUCAAGUACUGAUGCUGUGAAACGUCUAGGUUUCUCUGUCAAUAUUGUGGACACUUCUUUAAUUUUAUUAGCUGAUCCAACUCAAGAAGAUUCAGAAGCUAUUGUCUUCAAGAUUGAGCAGCUUCUUGCAUCCCAACAGAACAUCAUAUCUGCGAGCGCCAACAAUGUUGGUAUGUUUUUGUGCAGAAUGAACGAUUACCACGGAAGUCGGAUAAGAAUCAUCGAUGACUUCUCUUCUUCUGUUACUAUAGAUACUAGAGGGAGUACUGAUCAUAAUCACUUGAGCAAUGUUCAAAUUGCUGUCGAGCCGUUGUUAAUGAGAGUUUCUUUGAACGAUAUCAAGUUGGCACUCAUCAUUUUCAACAAGGCGAUGGAACUUGCUGAACAGGCGGGCUUUGUUGAGCCAUCAACAAAUGCUGACGAAAUUGAUGCCUAUACCACAUUUACCAGCGAGUUCAAGCGCAGACUCUCCCAGUAUGCUCCAAGUAUAGUGACAUCCUUGUCUGGUAAUCGCUCAAGACGUGCGUCAAUGGUUGAUACAGAAUUGAUUCUCAAGGCGGAGCAUCUGACGGCUGACAUUGAAGGCUUCCGUUUGGUACUGAUAGGUAGUGUGAAUGAGCUUCCAGUACUUGAUACACGUGUCAAGCCAUUCCAGAUUACAGCAAAGAAUUGGUCAACUGAUCUUGAAGUGAAUAUGAACGUUGAAUCUUUCGUCAACAUUUUCAACUAUUCAAAAUCUUCGUGGGAAGCACUUAUUGAACCUUGGCCAUUCACGCUUCAUAUUUCACGAGAUGAUGGUCCCAAGCCUAAACUUUCUGUUGAACUCAUUGGAAGAAAGACUGUCCAAGCAACGCUCUCUUCACGCUCAAUCGCUCUACUCUCACAAAUGUUCUCCUCAAUCUCUGGUCAAGGUGAAAUCCAGCCCCGUGGUUCUUUGAGUUCUUAUAGAAUUCUGAAUCAAACAGGAUAUGAUUUGAAUGUCUGGAUUAAAUCGCCAGAGGAUCGUUUUGGUUUGAAGACUGUCAGAGAUGGUGAAAUUGUACCUUGGGAGUUUGAAGACUGGAGAAAAGUUCGUGAAAACUUGGAUACAGAUAACAAGAAAGGUGUCAUAGGUGUGGAGCUUAUUGAAUCAGGUUACGAUGAAAUUGAUCGUAUUCCAGUAUUUGGCGAAGGUGAGGAUAUUUACAUGUUGACGCCUCCGAUUAGUGGAUAUCAUAACAGACUUCUUGUUGAUAUCACUUUGGGUGAGGAUAACGUUAAAACUGUCACUCUAAGAUCUACCAUUAUUGUCGAAAAUAGUACACAAGUGAGCAUAUUGGUUAAAGGUAAGAAGCAGUAUUCAAUUGCACCAGGAGAGUCGAGGGCUUUGCCUAUUGAUGAAGUCUAUGAAGAAAAAUUUUAUCUCAAACCAGAUAUACAAGUCCCAUUUGAAUGGUCUCAGAACUACUUGUACUGGAAGAAGUUACGCACCUCCCCAGCAUCCAUUAAGUGUCCCUCAACUGACUCAACUGAUGAUACAUGUUUCUAUUUCCAAGUGGAAGCUAAGCCAACUUCUGAACCACUCUCCAAUAUUUAUCCUCUGAUGAAGGUGGUUAUCUCGGCACCUUUGGAGAUUGAAAAUCUUUUGCCAUAUGACAUCUCCUACAGACUCUAUGACAGAAGCUCUAAGCGUGACUGGCGGAAUACCCUAAAGAAAGGAAACAGUAGCCCUGUCCAUGUUGUAAAGCUAGAGUAUUUUUUACUGCUAAGUGUGUUUCCAAAGGAUUCUGGCUUCGCCAAGAGUGAUUUUGCAAUUAUCAACUCUCCUAAUAACAGUGAAUUCAAAAGAGAGUCUCAUUUGUGCUUAAAACAUGAAGAUGGACAAGUUCUGCAACUUGGUAUCCACUAUAAUACAUCUAAUCAGGGCUCAUCGGGUUUGAAAGUCACUAUCUUCUCUCCUUAUGUCAUUUUGAAUCGGACCUCAAAGGACAUAUAUAUUCGUGACGGUUAUAAUGUACUCCACUCUCAGGUCAGUGUUGGUGAAGAUGAAUUGAAGAGCACAACUCCUAGAAUGUUCUCUUUCGACGAAGACAGUGUGAAAUCGCGCGCAUUGGUUAAGAUUGGUGACUCUCAGUGGAGUAAGCCUGUAAGUCUUCAAAACAUUGGUCAGCAUGGGCAAGUUGAUAUGUCUUUGGGAGAUAAGAAGACCGAGAUGAACAUUGGUAUGUCUGUUAUGGAAGGUCAAGGGAAAUAUCAAUUGACAAAUGUCGUUACCUUCUCUCCUCGUUAUAUCGUGAGAAAUAACUUCAGUGAAGAGAUUGAAGUGUUGGCUAUAGGAUCUACGCAAUCAGUGCGUCUUAAACCUGGUUCAUUUGAGGCCUUAUAUUCACUUCCUAGAAUCUCUAGGAAACUAAUUCAAAUUCGUUUAUUGGGUGGAAAAUCGCAAUGGUCCUCACCAUUUAUUCUCAACGAUAUUGGUAUCGUUUACUUGAAGGUAUUUGACAACAAUCAAUCUGUGACUCUAUUGAAGAUCAACAUUCAGUUGGAUGCUGCUACAUUGAUUAUCAAUGUGUCCGAUUCUCACAAUGAUUGGCCAUUCUCAGUGAGAAACUUUAGUGAUCAUGAAAUAUUGUUCUACCAGGGGAAUCCGUAUGUUGAUGAGAAUGAUGAAGUUGUGGAAGAUAGUGGUACACCAUUCAAACCUUUGUUCUACAAAGUUCCAGCAAAAAGUGUAAUGCCUUAUGCUUGGGACUUCCCAGCUGCUUACUACAAAGAAAUUGUGUUGAGAGUUAAGGGAAGAGAAAGACAUAUACAGUUGGCUGAGAUUGGUAAUUUACGCCCAAUGAAAGUUCCAAACUCCUCAUCCAUAAUUGAUUUGAACGUUAUUGCUGAUGGACCGACACAGACGCUUGUUGUUUCAAACUAUGAACCAUCUCUAAGUCUGUACAAGUUGUCUUCAAAGGGCACUAUGGAGGGAUCCACUACGUCUCUUGAAACUCCAGAAAAGUUCAAAGUUGCUGAAGGUGAUUCAGAUAUAACAACACAACUGCGGUUGAAGUUUGAAGGUCUUGGUAUCUCUCUUGUCAACACUCGAAACCAAGAAUUGUGCUACAUUACUGCCAAUGGGAUGGAAAUCCGUUAUAAUGAAUCAGACACUUAUCAAACUGUUAGCUGGAAGUUGAAAUGGCUACAAGUGGAUAACCAAUUAUAUGGAGGUGUUUUCCCUAUAAUUAUCUAUCCUACUGUUGUUCCACAUUCCGUGAAGGAGAUGAACAACCAUCCGGCAUUCUCUGGCUCCAUUUCUAAGGUGAGAGACGAUAGGCAUGGUGUUACAUACAUCAAGUAUGCAACGGUCUUGUUGCAGGAAAUGUCGGUUGAAAUUGAUGAAGACUUUUUGUUUGCAUUACUUGACUUCACCAAGAUUCCAGGAGCAUCAUGGGCUGUAAAUCCUCCAGACAAGCUGUGCGAGGAAGUCAUUCAAUUAUCGCAGCCUGUUAAUGAGUCUAUGGAGAGUGAUCUGUAUUUUGAAGCUUUGCAUAUCCAACCUGUUCAACUAGACUUAUCCUUUGUCCGCACAGAACAUGUCAAUGCUGAGUCUGAAGCCCAGCCACAAAAUUUGAUUAUGUUCUUUGUCAAUAUUUUGACUAUGGCGUUGGGUAACAUUAACGAUGCUCCAAUCCGUUUGAAUGCAUUACUCAUAGAGAAUGUCAGGGUUCCAGUACCAAUAUUGUUACAGAAUAUCCAGACCCACUACGGAGAAAACUUUAUGUCCCAGAUCUACCGUGUGAUUGGAUCUGCAGACGUUAUUGGAAACCCCGUAGGGUUGUUCAACAACAUCAGUUCUGGUGUCAUGGAUAUUUUCUACGAACCUUAUCAAGGUCUCAUCAUUAACGAUAGACCACAGGAGUUGGGUAUCGGUCUUGCAAAAGGUGGUUUGAGUUUCUUGAAGAAAUCUGUCUUUGGGUUCUCUGAUAGUUUUGCAAAGAUUAGUGGUUCGCUCGCCAAAGGUUUAACAUCUGCUACCAUGGAUAAAGACUACCAAGAAAGACGUCGGAUGAAUCAGAGAAGAAACAGGCCUAAUCAUGCGCUUUUCGGUAUAAAGUCUGGGGCGUACUCCUUUUAUGAUGGUAUAUCUAGCGGAAUCUCUGGAGUUGCAACUGCACCAAUGGAGGGUGCCAACAAAGAAGGUGCCGCAGGGUUUUUCAAAGGGCUUGGUAAGGGCUUAAUUGGUCUUCCGACAAAGACUGCCAUUGGUAUGUUUGACAUGGUUAACUAUGUGAGUGAGGGAAUCAAGAACACCACCACUGCAUUUGACGGUGAGGGAUUAAACAAGGUUCGUCUUCCAAGGUUCAUUGCACAGAAUUCCAUCAUUGAACCUUUUAGCGAAAGGGAAGCACAAGGCCAAUACUGGCUUAAGACUGCAUCUGGUGGUAAAUUCAUAAAUGACGAUUACGUUGCGCAUAUCGUCCUACCAGGUGAGGAACUGGUUGUCAUUGUGACCUAUAAGAGAUUGUUGAUGGUGUCGACUGCAACCUUGGAGGUGAGAUGGGACAUCAAUUUCGUCAAGAUCAACUCCAUCACACAAGAGAAGAGUGGUAUCAAGAUUGGACUCGUCGACAAUAGACAAGGUCCAUUCAUUCCAAUCCCACAGAUCGACUCUCGCAAGUUCUUAUACAAGAGCAUUGGUGUUGCUGUUGGAGAGUACAACAAGCACUGUGAAGUUGUCACCGGUCUCUUAACGACUUCAGAGUCUCGUCUCUGCUGAUCUCAAUGCCACCUCUCUGCGCAACAAUGGCACCUCUAUCGAACUCAGUAGGGUGCAACGUCUGUACCGUCACCCCAGUCUCCCUGUCAUUGUUCAAGAGAGCAAACUGUAGAGGGCUUGCGCCUGAGUAUCGUGGUAACAGCGAAGGAUGGAGGUUCAGUGAAUAUGGCACCGAGAGUAAGAACGUCUUCGGGAUCAACUUACCAUACGACACAGCAAUGGCCAUUGAGUAGUGGUUUGCAGCAAGCUCGUUG